UGGAGAGAGCCCAGAGGAGGCCCCGGAGCUGCCCCAGGGCUGGAGCCCCUCUGCUCUUUGUGGGGCCGAAUAAAGUGGAUUUUGGAGUGUCUGUGCUGUGGGAUGCAGGGGCAGGGCAGAUGUGUUUGCUGGGAGAUCAGGAAAUGGGGUGGUGGAGGAACUGCCACUGUCCCAGGCUGCUCCAAGCCCCAUCCAGCCUGGCCUUGGACACUUCCAGGGAUCCAGGGGCAGCCACAGCUGCUCUGGGCAGGAAGAAGCUUUACAUCCCAUGGAUUCAAUGGGCCAUGGGAUCAUUAAGAUUGGAAAAGCCUCUGGGAGCAGCACCUGGGAUCCAGCCAGGUGUUGGAACAAAACAGCUCUGAGCUUGGAAGAGAAACCAGGGAUCAACGUGCCUUGGGAUGGGGGAUUUCCUUCCUGGGUGUGGUAAUGGCGAAGGAUGAAGGAUUUGGGGCGUUCACAGGGAUUUAGGGGUGCAGGAGGCGGGAUGGGAGCAGGGAAUGGGCUCGUGCCCCGGCCCUGGUUCCCUCCCCAGCUCGAUCUGUCACGUGGGACAGAGGAAGCUGUGGCCGUGGCACUUCCGGCCCCAAACGCCUCGGUUCCGGCACCCCCAGAACAAGGAGAACGCUCCCCAGGGCCCCCGCGGCUCCCCCGGCACAGCUCGGUCCUGCUCUCCUGGUGGGAAUUCCAUGGAGGACGAGCCUGGAAUUGUGUCUCCGUUCAAGCGAGUGUUCCUGAAGGGGGAGAAGGGCCGGGAUAAGAAGGCACAGGAGAAGGUGACGGAGCGGCGGCCGCUGCACACGGUGGUGGUGGCGCUGCCCGACCGCGUGGAGCCCGACCUGCUGCUCCACGACUACAUCGAGAAGGAAGUCAAGUAUUUAGGGCAGCUCACCUCCAUCCCAGGGUACCUGAACCCCUCCAGCCGCACAGAGAUCCUGCACUUGAUCGACAAUGCCAAGAGAGCCCAUCAGCUCCCGGGGCAGCUGACCCCGGAGCACGACGCCGUCAUCAGCCUCUCUGCCUACAACAUCAAACUGGUGUGGAGGGACGGGGAGGACCUGAUCCUCAGGGUGCCCAUCCACGACAUCGCCUCCGUGUCCUACAUCCGGGAUGACUCUGCACACCUGGUCGUGCUCAAGACAGCUCAGGAUCCCGGGAUCUCGCCGAGCCAGAGCCUGUGUGCCGAGGGCUCCAAGGCGCUGACGUCGGGCUCGCUGUCGGAGAGCGCCGGGGGUCCCCUGGAGUCCUGUUGCCUGGUGGUCCUGGCCACGGAGAACAAGGUGGGUGCCGAGGAGUUGUGCUCCCUGCUCAGCCAAGUCUUCCAGAUUGUUUACACCGAGUCCACCAUCGACUUCCUGGACCGCGCCAUUUUCGACGGCGCCUCGACGCCGACGCGGCACCUGUCCCUGCACAGCGAUGACUCUUCCACCAAAGUGGAUGUGAAGGAGCCCUUCGAGGCGGACGCCAGCACUUUUUCCUUUGCAGACACCCUGGAGGCCGGAGACACGUCCCCGUCGUCCUUCUCGGCGCGCCCGUCCCCUCACGUGACCACGGCCAGCGAGAGCGAGCUCAGCACCACGGCCACCGAGCUGCUGCAGGACUACAUGAUGACGCUCCGCACGAAGCUGUCCUCGCAGGAGAUCCAGCAGUUCGCCAUGCUGCUGCACGAGUACCGCAAUGGGGCCUCCAUCCAUGAGUUCUGCAUCAACCUCAAGCAGCUCUACGGGGACAGCAGGAAAUUCCUGCUCCUGGGCCUGCGUCCCUUCAUCCCGGAGAAGGACAGCCAGCACUUCGAGAACUUCCUGGAGACCAUCGGGGUGAAGGACGGCCGCGGGAUCAUCACGGACAGCUUCGGCCGCUACCGGCGCUCCCUGGGCGCCGCCUCCGCCUCCAACGGCACCGGCGCCGCCAGCAGCUCCGACGAGCAGUCGGUGCCCUCGGAGGAGGACGAGUGGGACCGGAUGAUCUCCCACAUCAGCAGCGACAUCGAGGCCCUGGGCUGCAGCCUGGACCGGGACUCGUCCUGAGGGAGCCCAGGGAUCGCGGCUGCUCCCGCGUGGAACUUGGGGCUGCCCUCGGGGGGACCGUGGGACACGGAGUUACCCCCGGGGGCAACGUGGGGCUGCCCCCCGUGGGGACAUGGAACAUGGAGCUGAUCCCAGGGGGAUCCUGGGACAUGGAGCUGCCCCUGGAGGGACCCCAGGACAGGGAGCUGCCCUCGGAAGGGACAUGGAACACGGGCACGCCCCAGGGGGACUCUGGAGCUGCCCUUGGAGGGGCCCAAGAACACCAGCCUGUGCCCUCAUGGAGAUCCUGGAACAUAGAGCUGCCCUUGGAGGGAUCCUGGCCCCCUCCUGCAGGAUUUGGGGCUCCAGCAGGGUGGUGGCUGCACUGCCCCAGCCUCGUUAACAGCUCCAGGGGCUCCCUCUGGACCCAGGGCUCCAGACAGGACAGGGGGGACAGAUCUGGAUUUGGAUUUUGGGGACAGAUCUGCUCCUGAGCAUCCCUGUCAGCUCCUCAGAGAUGUCCUGAGCGUUGGGAUCUGUUCCUGGGGGGCUGGAGCCACUCCCCCCCAGUUUACAGUUUGCACAGCGGGUCCCCCAGAACUGCCCCUACAAUGAAGUUUUACCACAAUGUGAA